GUGGAGAUAGUGUAAUAGAACAGAUUUUGGAGGAAGAUGUUAUUUUUAAGAGAGGAAGCAAAUUUUAUGAGAAGUAAGAGAUUAUUACAAGUCGGGUUCUUGAUCUAUGGGGCUUCUUGUGAGGGAUGUAAGAGUUCAAACAAAGUUUCUCAUUGUAAAACUCUUAUAGAAAAAGUUUCAUUGAGUCAAAUUCAGAGUACGACUCUGAAGAUUACCAUCAAGAUGCCCAACAUGAACACAACAAUCAAAAUCCAGAAGAGAACAAGAGCUCUUUGAUUGAUCCUCCCUCAAGCGUGUACUCUGCAAGUGAGUCAGAGUAUAAGUCUCCAGAAGUCGCCAAAAACUUCAUUAAAGAUUUCUACAAAGUUGUGCCCAGUCUUGAUGACUCAAAGUAUGUACAAAGUGAGAUUUGUAGGUCCACUCUCCAGUGAAAGCUGUGUCACACAGAGCCUGUCUGUGUUGACCAAACAGUGUUUGAAACUCAGGAUGAAGACGCCAUGAAAGGCCACAUUGCUAUUCACUCCAAAGAUACAGCAGUCAAGUUCAGAGGCAACAAAGCACUUCCACAAGAAUAUGCUAACUGAGCUAUGUUUAAAAACCAAGAAGGCUUGUGUCCGAUGUGCUUCAAGUUCUUCAAGUCUCCUUACAGCUUGUCGAUGCAUAUCAGACAGCACUGGUCAACAGAGUUUAGUGACAGACCUUUCAAAUGCCUCAUCACUCACUGCACAUAUGCAACAUACAGGUUUGACCAACUCAAGCGUCACUACAUGCAUCACCUGGCCCAACUCCCAGCUUACAUGCAGAAUCAAUAUCCAGAGCAAAUACCGGUACUGUUCAACAUUGCUCAGAUAACCAGAGACUACAUUGCUAAGCUUGACAACUUCAAGAAAACUGGCAAGUCUCCUGCAAACUUGAACUUCAAGACGGUGAUGGGAGUUAGCUUCGACUCAUAUGCAAGCGCGAAGAUUCAGAGUCUGGACUCAAGAUAUUUGAACAAGCGAAACAUUUAAGAUUGGUUCUUCAUGUUGGAUUGAU